AUGUGUCUCAGCGUCACAGUUUCUUUUGACGACUGCUGUCUCAAACAUGUUUCCAGUCUGGGCCAUAAAGUUCAGAGAAAUGUCGUGCAGUACACCAGGCAGAAUGUGGAUGGAGGCUGCAACCUGCCAGCGAUAAUCUUCAUCACAAAGAGAAACCGCCUUUACUGUGCUAAUCCUGCCAGUAACUGGGUUAAGAAACUCAUGAUACGUGUCGAUAAGAAGAGAUACGGUGCUAAGUUUGGAGAGAAGCCAUACAAAGGUUGA